AUGGCGUCUCGCGGUUGGCUGCUUCUCUUAGCACUUAUACUCGGCCUUUCAGACUGUUAUGGCAAGAAGAAAGUCUCAAAAGAGGUAAGAAACUUUUUAAAAUGAACAAAAGCUAAGAAAGAUCACCCAAGUUAUCAAAUAUUUCGAAAACGCUUAACACAGAUGCUAGAUUCGGUAGACCGAAUUUGCGGCCUUCCUGUCAAUAACCUGCUUUCAUUGACAGAUGCCGCAUUGAGCCCCUGACAAAAGGCUAUUGAAUAAUUUUACUUUUCAGCGUUUCGGGAAAUUAUUUUUUCCAUAUUUCAGCUGUGUAACCCUGUUAAUUGAAGCUUUUUUCCCUCGUGAUAAUCAUAGUCACUCUGUGAGUUAAAACUGCUUUGUUCCAAUUUGUUUUGAACCCAGAGACGGUUUAUCUACUUAUAACCAAGAGAACGAGCCGGGAAAAAGAAAAAUGAAUUGGCGUCUUUGCAAAUUUUCCUUUUUUUUGAUGUGCAAUUUUUUAAUUAGCCCUGCAAAUUUGUCAAUUUGCUCUCAUAGUUUCCAAGUUGAAUUUAAUUAUUUAAAAUAUACCUAACUGAUUAACAGUCACUUGUUUUCUGGAACAAGAGUUGCUCUAAACUGAAAUCUUUUGCCAAAACUAUCUUUUUCACAUUCUUCUUGGAGGUGAAUGGUUCCUUAUAAUGACCAACAAGUUAGCCAGUACAUGUAAGUUGGUACAUACUGGUAUUAAGGCUAACCCCUCAAAAUUGUAAGUCUCUCAAUGUCUGACUGACCCAGUUCUUGGAAAAGUACCUCAGUAAAUUAUUUGGUCUCUCCAAGUUUUUCUUUUUGCCUAACCAACAAACCCUCCUUGGAACAAAAGUCAAUGAGAAACCAAACAUUUAUAUGAAAAGCCUACUCUUGAUGGGAAUGGUAGCUGACACAGAUCAAAGUUGUUCUUUGGUCGAGGCCUCAUGUGCCUAGACACACAGGAGAACUCAACGAUGAACUUAGUUCUGAGAAUCACUGUUCUGUUAAAUUUUUAGUCUCUGUUGGAAACUAGAGUCAAACAGCUUAUGGACUGGAACCAAAGAAAGCCAGUCAUUAGAUUAAAUGGAGACAAAUACAGAACAUACUUACGAGCAUCACCAAGGAAUUACUCUGUCAUCCUUAUGCUUACAGCUCUUGCACCACACAGACAAUGUACCAUUUGUAGGUAGGUAAUUUCUCAUUACAUUAUCAACAUUGAAUAUAGGGUUAACCCUCUAACUCCCAGAUCAAAUUUGUAAUUCUCCUUUCUUUCAACCAUACAGUUCUUACAAUGUUAGCUCAGAGAAUUUAGUGUUGGAUCAACUAAUUAUCCCCAAAUUGAUAUUUUUCUUUAUUCUCAUCACUUUGUAAUCUGGUUGAUGUGAUAUUGAUAUUGUAAGGAGAAAUUCUGUCUUGGUCACUCAUGGGAGUUAAAGAAUUAAGGUCGUGAGAAUAACCAAUUUGAACAGUGUUUAAAGAAGCUGUUGAUUCAUAUUGUUAACACUUUGAUUCCAAGGAGUAGCUAAUAAGUAAUUUCAAUACAGUGACAUGCAGAAAGGUGACAAGAAUGCAUGAGUAUCAUCAAGGGGAUAUCGUGUGAGGAGAAUAACCAAUUUGAACAGUGUCUAAAGAAGCUGUCGAUUCAGAUUUUUAACCCUUUAAUUCCAAGGAGUAACUUGUAAGUAAUUUCAAUGCAGUAACAUGCAGAAAGAUUAUAAGGAUGCCUGAGUAUCAUUAAGGAGAUAUUGUUUGAUUUGAAACCAAAUUCUCAGCUUAAUCCUUUAACUCCCAUGAGUGACCAAGACAGAAUUUCUCUUCACAAUAUCAAUACCACAUCAACCAGAUUAUAAAGUGAUGAGAAUAAAGAAAAAUAUCAAUUUGGGGAUAAUUAGUUGAUCCAACGCUAAAUUCUCUGAGCUAACAUUGUAAGAAUUGUGUGGUUGAAAGAAAGGAGAAUUACAAAUUUGAUCUGGGAGUUAAAGGGUUAACCCUAUAUUCAAUGUUGAUAAGUUGACCAAAUUUUUAGCUUACCAAAUUUUUAGCUUAACUCUUUAACUCUCAUGAGUGACCAAGACAGAAUUUCUCCUCACAAUAUCAAUACAACAUCAACCAGAUAAGUGUUGAGAAUGAAGAAAAAUAUCAAUUUGGGGCUAGUUAGUUGACCCUAUACUAAAUUCUCUGAACUAACAUUAUAAGAAUCAUAUGACAGACAGUAAGGAGAAUCACAUAUUGGAUCUGGGGGUUAAAGGGUUAAAUUAAUGAGAUGGAUGAGAGACAGGAGUAGAAAAUCAUGGGAAAGGGGUGAGCAAGUUUCCCCUUGUUAGUAUUGAUGAAAAUGUUUAGAAAACAUUGUAGGGAAUAUGCAUGCUGAUGUUAGGGUAUGAAAAGUGUUAAUGACACAGGUUUAAAUCUUGUUACUGUAGUUCUAAACUGUGUUUUUCUUUUUUCAUCCAACAGAGAAGCUAAUAACGAGUUUACAAUCCUUGCCAACUCUUGGCGUUAUUCACAGCAGUAUUCCAACAAAGUGUUUUUUGCAGUUGUUGAUUUUGACGAAGGUCCAGAUGUAUUUAGUGCGGUAAGACUAGUCAUUUAAGUAAUUUUUUUAAAGUUUUUACUUCAAAUGGUACCCACCCUGUUGCAGUAAAACUUUGGAGCUUCUUUGUGUCUUGACACAACUCACUGUUUUUUUGUUUAUAGCUGCGAUUGAAUUCUGCACCAAUGUUCAUGCACUUUCCGCCAAAGGGAAAACCCAAAAAGGCAGACACUUAUGAUAUUCAAAGGUAAAAUAUCUACAUUGCAAUGCUAACUGAUUACAUUUAGCAUCAAUUGCUCUGAUGAAGGACUAACGCUGGAAGUGCCAGCUUUUAAACUCAUUAUGGUGGCCUAUUUACAUUAUCAACUUAGUUAAUAGUAGUAAAUAACCCUGCUAUACUCUCCCACUGACACAGCACCACAGCUUCUUUAGAAACUUAACCCCUUUAAAUUUUUGAGGGACUGAUUGUAAUGGACAGGAUACAUUAUGUUAGUUCUUCUCCUUCAUUUUAUUAGUGACCCUUUUACUUACUUUUGAUUGUUCACUUAAACAUUUGUUGUUUUCAUGGUAGAAUGGGCUUCUCUGCAGAACAGUUGGCCAGAUGGGUUGCAGAACGAACAGAUGUUAAUGUAUGUGUGGUUUCCAUAAACUUGUCUUAACUAUCCAUGUUGAACAACAAGUUUUUAUAAUCAUGUUGCUUCUGUGCUACAACUUUAUGUUGUAGUAGUAUUUUUAUGGUGCGCAUUUAAAUUGGUUGAUUCAAAACUAGAUGAAUGGUAAAACCUGUUAACCUUCUUUUUGUGCUAUUACUUAUCAAAUAAACGUGUUAUUGUUUUUUGGUUUUUUGCAGAUCAGGGUAUUCCGUCCACCCAAUUACAUGGGUGCUGUUAUAAUGGGUUUGCUAGUAGUUCUGAUUGGAGGACUACUCUAUGUGCGACGCAAAAACUUGGAGUUCCUCUACAACAAGACGUACUGGGCAAUUGGAGCUCUGGUAAACAUUUUGUUUCUUUUAUUUUCACGUGAAAACAUCUAAAUGUACUCCACAAAUCAUGCAAUUUUUGUCUUAUCAAAUUAUGACACUGCUGUCAUUUGAGAGUCCGAAAAGAAACCUAAACUUAAUUGCUUGCAAUUGUGCUUAAACUUAGUGAGAUUUGAAAUAUUUUUAAAAAAAUCAAAACAUUUUGUCCUUAAACAGUGUGUAGUAUUUGUCAUGACUUCUGGUCAGAUGUGGAAUCACAUCCGAGGACCUCCUUAUGCCCACAAGAAUCCACAAACAGGACAAGUGGUAAGUUGCAAGUGAUGGAUGGUAAAGUAGUCAUGCAUCUUGAUAUACACUCAUUGUUUGAGAUUUAAACAUAUGAAAGUUUAUUUCACUUCUCCUAGGUGGUACUAAAUGAAAAUAUAAAUAUAUGUUUUUUUAUUUAGAGCUACAUACAUGGCAGCAGUCAAGCACAGUUUGUUGCUGAAACUCAUAUUGUCAUUUUUCUGAGUAUCCUUUUGUAGCAAUAAAUAAAUGUAUUUUUUUAAAUAAACAACAAGUGAGAAAAGGUUUUAAAUCAGCUGUAAAACUUCAGAACUUCAAAGGAAACCUUUUGAACAUUUAGCAAAUGAAUGAAUACCUGAAUAAUAUGUGGUUCCUAGAAAUAACCAAUACCAUGCCUAUAGAGGAACAUUUGUAAAUCCUGACAUAAUUAGGGUUUAAAAUAGCUACUUUUGUUCUCCUCUUUCUUGGAGUUUUUACCAUAAUGUGGUAUAACAAGAGGAAAAACCAGACCUGGGAUUGCAACUAUGAUGCUAAUAUGGUAAUUCUAGUGUGGCUGGAGAAGGGUCUUAAUUAAUUUAAUUAUUUUGUUAGAGAAGUAUGGCUGUUUUAUUUUAUUUGAGUCAUCAGUUUAAUUGAUAUUCACUGUGAGUUAAAAAAAAAAGGAAUGUACUUCAUAUUUAAAAUACUAUUUAAAAAGUUUUGCUAUAUCUUGGCCUAUUCCUUGACCCAUUUUCAAAGAUGCCUUGUAUGUUGUUGGAAUGAUUCUUCUCAAUGAGAAGGCAUUUGAAGUCAAAGAGAUUGGAAAACGUAGAAGUAGGUGUUCUAACUGCCUUUGCUUUUGAAGUUUAAGUCUGUUCUUUCCCUGUAAAAUCUUUUCUUACACUGUUAAUCUGUUGCCUGAAACAGAGAGAAAAUGCAAGGAGGGACACUGGUAAAAUAACUAUUGUUUGUUCACCAAGAAUUGAUAUAUAUGUCAGUGGGUAUUGCUUGGAAUUAAUAGCUGACAUUGUCUUUGAAGGAGAUGAAGAAAUAUUGAUUAUUCUGAGUGGUUCUAGCUUGUUCUAGGCAUUCAGUUAGUAAAACAAAGCACGAGUUUGGACAAGUGAGAACCAAGGGAGUUUAGGGUUGGGUUGCUUAAAGAGCAUGUUUUACUUGCCCAGACCUAAACCUUUGGAUGUUUCACUCCACCACUACUAUGGGACUGUUAAAUUUUAGCUCCAUUUUACCAACUAAAUGCCUGGAACAGACCAGAGUGGUUCUUGUAGUGCUUCAAUUUUGAAGUUCUCCAUACAUGUCCACAUUGUAACCAUAUUGAACUAAUGUUGGAUCUUCUUUCUCAGUUGUAGUUAUGGUUGGUUUGGGUCUUGUGGUGUUGUUCUUCAGCUUGCUGCUGUCUGUGUUUCGUUCCAAGUACCAUGGAUAUCCUUACAGGUAAUCAAUCCAAGAAAUUGUGCAGUUUCAACCAUGUUCUUUGGAAAUUGCUGUCAAGUGCAACCAGUGGUUUUAGAUUCAAUAGUGUGAAAUUGCAUUGCAUUAGCAAUACUUGAUGCAUGUCUCGUCAUGAAUUUAGAAGUAAAUUAACCACCACAUCAAAUCUAAAAACUUGAGUUGGAAAAGGCAGCUCUCUGUCACAGGAAAUAGUAUCUCAGCAGUGGAGAACUUUUUCCAUUUUACUUAACCUCCUCUCAAUACAAAGGAGGAGGGGGGGUUGGGUGGGGGGAGAAUUCUGUGGCUGUUUCUCAAAAAUCCCUGUAAAUUAAUAGGCCCAAAGCCUUAUUUUGAAAUCAAAAUUUAAAGAAUAAAUAAUCUGGUUCUGGCACCCAAACCAGUCCACUUUGAUUCUCUACCUGAUGGUUUAAUUGAAUAAUUUUCAAAACUUUUGAAACCCCCAUCUUGAAUGAGAACAGAGCAGCUUUACAGGCCUGUUAAGUUACUGAGAUCCUUAAGAAAGGAGCCCCUGGACUGUUAACUUUUAAGAAUUCUCUUAGAGACUAUGAUAACACAAGAAAAGAAGACAUGUAUUUCUUGUUCAAAAUAUACCUCUCUAAUACAGAAGAAUCUAAAGCAUUAUAACCAUGUUUGCAGACUCUAAUCUAAACAUACCUAUAUUAUUUUGAGUUGUUCCUUCCAAUGCGCAUGCUGUUGUGUGAUACUCAAUUGUUGACUAAGAUGUAUGUGCCUCUUUUUUCUCCUCCAGUUUCUUGAUAAAGUGAAGUCAGGAGUCCCAUCACUGAAGGAUUUCACUCUCCUAGGGCAUUGCUGUGCUAGAUAUAA